UUUAUGACUUAAGGCUUAAAUCAUCUAUUGUAGACCGGGACUUAUAGGAGCUGCAAACACAGGUGACGAAAAAUACAUGAGACUUUAUAAAGCCUGCGUCAGGCGUUAGUCUUAUGAAAGUCUUCAAACGGAAUGGACUUAUUCCGUUUUUGCGGAAUUUUUUGAAACAACGAAUUUCAUUUAUAACUGUUAAAAGAGAGAUAGAUUGUAUUUAUUUACGAAUAAGAUGUCAGGACCAAUGGUGCUAUGUCAGCUAUGGAUGGGUGGCUUGGAGCCAUAUAUGACCGAAAGUUUUAUUAUGAAUGCAUUUCAUAAAAUGGGUGAACAACCACAGACUGUAAAGGUCAUGCGGAAUCGGUAUACUGGUGAACCAGCAGGAUAUUGUUUUGUACAUUUUCCAACCGAUGAAAUGGCACUUGAUGCUAUGCACAAAUUGAAUGGAAAAGUGAUACCUGGUUCAAAUCCUCCAGUACGAUUUAGAUUAAAUCACGCCAGCACCACAGGGAAACCCGCUGCCGAGCGAGAAUUUAGUAUUUGGGUAGGCGAUCUGUCUACCGACGUAGAUGAUUACUCUUUGUAUAGAGCAUUCGCCGCAAAAUAUAAUUCGAUCAGGACAGCCAAAGUUAUAUUAGACAGUUCUGGGUUUAGCAAGGGUUACGGUUUUGUCAGAUUCGCAAACGAGGAAGAACAAAAAAAUAGUCUAAUCACUAUGAAUGGUUAUAGAGGGCUUGGAACAAAAUCUCUAAAAAUCUGCAAUGCAGUACCUAGACCCUGGAAUAAAAUAUCUGGUUCAACACCACCACAAUCGACCUCUGAAUACCCAGCAUCGAAUAUGAAUUCAGAAGCUUAUAAUUAUUAUGACACAUCAUCAUACUGGAAUAGUUACAGUGCUUGGCAACAAGGUUAUUAUGAAAGUGAACCAACAUCGGAUGCUUACAACAGCUAUGUAUCUGAUCAAAAACCUGAAGAAGAUGAAUUAGAAUUGAUUGAGCAUUCAAUCCCGAUUGAUAUUGAUAAAGUAAAUAGAGAAAUAAUCGAACAAGAUUAUAAUUUAUGGGAUGCUUUGGAAAGUUCAAAGUGGAUUCCAUGUGACACUAUAGAACUAUGUUAUUGA